AAAAUCUUGAUAAACCAUGGGUUCCUCAUACAAUUUGUACAACUUACUAUCAAGGAUCGAGAUAUUGGUUGAAAGGAAAAAGAAGUGACAUGCGAUUUGGUAUUCCAAUGAUUUGGCGUGAACCAACUGAUUAUAUAACUAGCUGUUACUUUUGCUCAUACCAAAUCACGAGCUAUAAUGCUCGCAAUAAGAAAAAUAUCUCUUAUACAACACUUUCAUGCACUACAAGACUUGUUUUUCAUAGAUCUGAUAUUCCUAUUCCUUCUCUACCAAUGAACCCUUCUUUACCAUCUUUAGACAACGACAAUCUUGUUGAUGAGAACAAUGUAGAUUUUGAAAUUUAUGAAAUCGAUCCGGUUGAUGAUAAUAGUCCAAAGCCUGUCAAUCAGUCUGCUUUAAAUGAUCUUGUAAGAGAUUUAGGUCUAUCUAAAGAAAAUGCAGAGUUACUGGGAUUCAGAUUGAAAGAAAGGUAUUUGUUAGAAUCAGAAACAACGUUUUCUUGGUACAGACACCGUGAAAAAGAAUUUAUUCCUUUUUUUUCUAUGAUAGAUUCAUUAGUUUUCUGUAAUAAUGUAUCUGACUUGAUGCAUUUUUUGGGAUUAAAGUCUUAUAAUGUUAAUGAAUGGAGACUUUUCAUUGAUUCCUUAAGACGAAGCCUAAAAACUGUUCUCCUUCACAAUGGGGGAAUAUAUGCAUCAGUACCUAUUGGACAUUCAGUUCAUUUAAAAGAAACAUAUGAAAACUUAAAAACACUGUUGGGAUAUAUUAACUAUGAACAACACAAUUGGUUAAUUUGCGGUGAUUUGAAAAUUUUAUGUAUGCUUCUAGGACAACAGCAAGGUUUCACCAAAUUCCCAUGUUUUCUUUGCGAAUGGGAUAGUAUAGCCAGAGAACUUCAUUGGACAGAAGAAAAAUGGAAAGUAAAAAGAAGCUUGGAACCUGGCGUGAAAAAUGUAAUAAAUGAAACGUUAGUUGAUCCUAAUAAAAUUUUGUUACCUCCGUUGCACAUAAAAUUGGAUCUAAUGAAGCAAUUCGUGAAGGCUCUGCAUAAGGAAGGAAAUUGUUUUAAAUACCUCUGUACAAAGUUUCCUCAUCUUAGUGAUGCAAAGAUUAAGGAAGGCAUUUUUAUUGGGUCUCAAAUUAGAUUACUUAUUAAAGACGAGAAAUUUGAAAAAACAAUGACUUGUUUAGAAAGAGAAGCUUGAGUUUCAUUGAAGAAAGUGAUUCUGGGUUUCUUGGGAAACAAAAAAGAUUCUAACUAUGAAGAAUUGGUGAAUAACUUGCUUGAAAAGUUUAUGAAAUUAAGAUACACUAUGAAUCUAAAGAUACAUUUUUUGAAAAGCCAUCUUGACUACUUCCCCAAACGUAGCUUAAGAAGCGUAAGCGAGAAACAAGGGGAAACAUUUCAUUAGGAUAUUAAAUAAAGAGAUGGAAAAAAGAUAUCAGGGUCGAUGGGAUAUUCAUAUGUUAGCAGAUUACUAUUGAAGUAUUAAGCGAGACAUUUCUGACAUGGUUCAUAGUAAAAAGUCCAAGAAACGCUCUUUUGACUCUAUUUCUGGAUAAAUAAAAUCUUUUUUUAUUAACAUUUUCGCUUUUGCCUUCAGUAAUUGGAUCAUCUGGUUUUGCCUUCAGUGGCUGGGCAGCCUUUUAAUCUUGCCUUCAGUGGCUGGAUCAUCUAGCCUUGCCUUUAGUAGCUGAACAGGCUUUUAAUCUUGCCUUCAGUGGCUGGAUCAUCUAGCCAUGCUUUCAAUAGCUGGGCAGCCUUUUAAUCUUGCCUUCAGUGGCUGGAUCAUCUAGCCUUGUCUUCAGUGGCUGGAUAGCCUAGUGAAAAACGGUAUUUUUUGGCUAUUUAAAUCUAAUUAUUUUGAAAACCUGACGUGAUAGAAAAAUUCUAAGGCCAGAUUCGUAUUCAGCGGACAAAAUUACGUAGGAAAUGAUCUUUGAAAUCCAAAACGCAUAAAGUUUUUGAAAUUUUGCAGGUCUGUGUUAUCAUUCAAACGCUUCAAUUGUUGUCGAUAAUGUUCAGCAGUUACUAUUUCGUUCGGUUUCAACAGCUCAUAAUAUACGACACCCUCCAUAUCCCACCAAAUAAAGAGCAUUGCUUUGUAACCGUGGAUGUUUCGUUUUAAUGUCGACGUUGAUGUUUGGCCAGAAUCGACUCAUGGUUUCUUGUGUUUCGGAUUGUCGAAAUAGAUCCAUUUUUCAUCGCCGGUCACGAUACACCACGAAAAACUCUUCUUUUUAUGCCUUUUUAUGCCUAACAAAAAAAUCGAGAUAUUUAAACGAUUAACAAUGGCAUUUUUGGUCAAUUCAUGUAGCAGCCAUUUUCCUUCUCAGCGAACACAAUGUAACAUGUAAUAUACUUGUUAAUUAUAAUUUCCUACUCAACAAUGUAAUUGUUACUCAGACAGCACCGAACAUCCAAUGGAUGUACGUUUCACGUCCAAUUUAUGUUCGUAUGUCCGAUUUACGUCCAUGGACAUAAAUUGGAUGUAACAAGAAUGUCCUUAUUGGACAGCGGACCUGUAGGACGUCCGAUGUACGUCCAUCAGACGUCCUAUGUCCGAAGUUGUGACAAACGUACCUAUGGACGUCUUUUGUAAAAAAAUUGACAUAUAACGGACGUCCAAUGGACAUCCGUGUGCUGUCUGGGUAUAUAACACAUGCGUUAUA